GCUAAAAAUCAUCAUAUCGGAAUUUUUUCGUGUUUAGUUCGCGACUCCUUAAAUUUUCCCCGAAUAAUUAUACCCGAAAAAUGGUACUUUCCAAUGUGGUUCGCGUUGCAAGUCAACUCAACUCAGCCGGAACACGGUCCGGAUUGUUGGGAAUCCGCCAGAUUCGUCGGAAAUACACCUACCGCAGCGGAGCGCUGAAACCCAUGCCUUACAUCAUUCCGUUCGGGCUGCUCGGAGUGGUGUUCACCGUUAUCCCGGGACUGCUGAUCGGGGCAGCCAUUAGUAGGAAUAUGGCCAACUUCCUGGAGGAGAAUGACUUGUUCGUUCCUUCGGAUGACGAUGACGAUGACGAUUAAGUGCUCCCAGUCAUAGGAAGGAUAAAUGCUUUUGCGUUCUUUUCCAAUAAUUUUUCGUGUCUUGAUUGUUCUACUUUGGUGGAUCGAUAUUUUUAGAAGUGCGGCUGAUGAUAAUGUACGCUCGUUCUAGGAACAUCUGCUGACCAUCAGACAACGGCGUUAUGUUGAAGUUUUCGAAUAAAAUGGGGUUUUAACGAAAAAAAAGGAUAUUUCUCUAUCGCACAACUAUUAAAAAAUGGAAACGAGAAUCGAAUUGUGCUUAAAUAUUGUAUUUAUUUGUGAGUAUAGUGUUAAUAUAAUUGUAUAUAUUAUCGUUUAAAUUAAUUGAUGAAAUGAAUCUAUUUUCUAAUUACAACUUAAAGCUGAAAAAGGAAACUAGUUCAAAUUGCUAUUCGCCAUGGAUGAAGUAAAAGGAACGAUAAAUAUUAAUUUGCCAAAACAAUUAUUUACAAAGCAUAAAUCUCCUUCCUUCAAAGUUAAACAGUUUUAAAAAUAUGUCCAAUUGAAAUAGAUGUAUAAAAACAGACAGUUUAUCAAAUUACAUAAUAUAAAUAAGGCAUUGUUACCACAUUUGCUCCAGUCAACUAAUAAUGCAAAAGUUAAUGAUAAAACCUAGACAACCUAACCAGUAGAUGAGAAGGAAUUGUUCCAAUUGUGAACACGAAUUGACAUUACUUUUAGUUGAAUAAAUAUAAUUUCGAAAAAUUAA